AUGGAUGAUGAUGAUGUUAAUACUUUUACCAGAAGAUUCCAAGGAUUUCUAGCAGGUAUUAAUAUUAACAUAGCAGUUAAAGCAGAUAGAGUUCGAGCUUUAGGUAUACUAAGAAGCUGUUUGACUAAUGAUGCUGCUAAAAUGGUGCCACAUCAAGCUUUUGAAGAAGAUUGGACUAAUACUGCUAUUUUUUAUCUUAAAAAUCAAUAUCCUACAGUAUUAGAAGAAAGACACAAAGUACAAUUUGGUAAUCUUGAUCAAGGUAAUGAUCCAGUUAAAACUUUCUAUGAAAAAGUAAAAAAAUACAGUAAUUUACUAAAUUUCAGUGAUGAAGUAAUCAACCAUCAAUUCUUUAGGGGGCUAUCACCAGACAAUCAGGUUGAAGUAGAACGAAUUGGUUCUGAAAAAGCUGUAAGUGAAUUAUUUAAAAAUUUAGAGAGUUGA